UUAGGCCUGCAAAGCCUAAAUGAGGGAGGUGGGUAAGGAAGAGUGGGAAGAUUAUGCUUUCAGUCUUGUUUCAUAACCAUGCAUUCCUGAAGGUAAAGAAUGGAAAUAAGAUGAACAGAGGUUCUGUCAAUUGGUCAGUUACUUGGAGUGAGAAGCCCUAUUGAGGUAUCCCUUUUCAUCUUUAGGCAAAUCCCUGGGGUUCCUUCAUGGGCACCUGGCAAAUGCCUCUGAAGAUACCCCCCGCUCGGGUGACGCUGACCUCCCGUACAACUGCUGGUGCUGCCUCCCUUACCAAAUGGAUACAGAAAAAUCCUGAUUUACUCAAGGCCUCCAAUGGGCUGCGUCCUGAAAUCUUAGGCAAGUCCCAUGAUCCAGACAGUCAGAAGACACUCAGGAAGAAGUCUAUCACAAAGACUGUACAACAAGCACCAAGUCCAACCGUAAUUCCACGCUCCCCAGCUGCCAACCUCAAUUCCCCAGAUGAACUCCAAAGCUCACACCCCUCUGCAGGUCAUACUCCAGGUCCCCAAAGCCCAGCAAAAUCCUAACAGCCCACCUAGAAGUCCACAUAUGCUAGAACUCUAGGCAGGGCCUAAGCUAGCUGAGGUCCAGAAACACAAACCUUAAACUUCAUAUGGACAAGGUAGCCACACACUGAAAAACCUGUAUAGCAACUGAGUGAAAUAAACAAGAGCCCCCAGGCAGAACUGUAGAACAGGGAAAUUUUGGGGUGGGAGUAAAAGCAAAUUUGGAAAAUAAACAUUUUUUGUUGAAUCUUUUA